CCAUUUUCCAUAUCUAGCAUUGAUUUUAAUUAUUUCUCAAUCAGGCACCACACAGUGCCUGGCUAGCCUUCAGGAGAAGAAAAUAUGGGAAACAUGCAUAUUCUUCUUCUGCAUCUAUUAUUAUCUCUGCUACUUGUUCAUGAAACCUUAGCCAAAAUUCCAGCAAUCAUAGUGUUUGGAGAUUCAUCUGUUGAUGCUGGAAACAACAACUUGAUUUCCACUGUUCUCAAGAGUAAUUUCCAGCCUUAUGGCCGAGAUUUCGAAGGUGGUCGUCCAACCGGACGCUUCUCCAAUGGUCGUAUCCCUCCUGACUUCAUUUCUCAAGCUUUUGGUCUCAAGCCAGCAAUUCCUGCUUACUUAGAUCCCUUGUAUACUAUAUCAGAUUUUGCUACUGGUGUUUGCUUUGCCUCUGCUGGAACUGGCUAUGACAAUGCUACUUCCAAUGUCCUCAAUGUGAUACCCUUGUGGAAGGAGCUCGAGUACUACAAGGAUUACCAGAACAAACUGAGAGCCUAUGUUGGAAACAAUAAGGCAAAGGAGAUACUGAGUGAGUCGUUGUAUUUGAUGAGCUUAGGAACAAAUGAUUUCCUAGAAAAUUACUACACAUUUCCAACAAGAAGAGUUCAAUUCAAUGUCGAGCAAUAUCAGGAUUUUCUUGUUAAACAUGCUGGAGAUUUCAUUACCAAACUCUACGAUCUUGGAGCUAGGAAGAUUUCACUGACUGGGCUUCCUCCAAUGGGGUGUUUGCCAUUAGAGAGGACUACAAAUUUCAUUGGUCUACAUGAUUGUUCAGAGGAAUACAAUCAUGUAGCUUUGGAAUUCAAUGGGAAGUUGGAGGGCUUAGCUUCAAAGCUUAACAAAGAGCUUCCUGGACUCAAGAUAUUGUUCACAAAAAGUGUUUAUGACAUUUUCUAUGAUAUCAUCAGAAGACCUUCUCUAUACGGAUUUGAGGUGACAGAAAUGGCAUGUUGUGCAACAGGAACAUUUGAAAUGAGCUACCUCUGCAAUGAACGAUCAAUUUCAUGCCUAGAUGCCAAUAAAUAUGUAUUUUGGGAUGCCUUCCAUCCCACUGAAAAAACAAAUCAAAUUAUCUCUAAUCAUGUCAUCCCUACACUUCUUGCUGAGUUUCACUGAACUCUGAACUACCACUACUACUACUGGUUCUGUCUUUCUUAAUUUAAUAUAUACAUUUAUUAAUAUCUAGAUUUUAGACUCUUGUAGCAA